GUUAUCCGCUCCAGUGCAUAUCCUGCAACUUGGCGUCGUAGUCUGCUUGCUUCGCUUUCCCCAUCACUAAACAGCACUUCCGUUCACAAUAUUACUCGAGGUCAGAUUCCCGACGAUGGCAAUAUAUCAAACACCGGGGCCACAGACGAAGCAGAUUGUACUUUCAACGAAACGGAUUCAGAUUCAGAUAUGAGCGAGUCACCAGGCACAUUGCCUCGACCUGCCAGCCGUGGGCCACGCCUCCUUGUUUCUUUUCUUCGACAUCGGCAGUCUCGUUGCCUUCUUCUAUUUGCUUGUCUUUCUUGCCAGUCAACGGAAACCCAAGUACAAGUGCCUAGUUCAUCCAGCUUCUCAGGUGUAGGCACCACUACAGCUAUUUCGCCUUUGCUGACUCAAGGUGCUACACAUCUCACUAAUGGAGCUGGUAAUUGCCUAAUCACUCCUCAGUCUACAUCUAAUUCAACCUCUAUGCCAAAUAUGGCUCUGGCGACCCGUGGCAGACGACAGGCAAAUCAGCGUCUAGCCACCGAAACCUCUAGUAACAUCGAAGCUUCUCUUGACAAUUCAUCGGCUAUUUCUGAGGCUACUUCUCUUUUCGAUAUAGAAGAUGAGGCCUUGCCUGAUGAGUGGCAACCUCCAGUUGGAUCUGCAAUUAUUCAACCUGAUCUCACAGCUCUACAUGCUGCCGGCGCAUUGUGGACCCUGUCCAAGAUUUGGCAAGAGUUGUCUGAUUCACUCUCUCUGGUCAACGGAUCUAAGUCAGCUGAACUUCCUAUCAAUGGCGAGGCGACUGGCAACUCUCUCUCACCGGGCUACGGUUUGGACUCCACCUUGUUUCGAUGGGUGCUGUGCGGCCAGCUAAACGCAGGGCCUCGUUCACCGGCCUAUCAAAUCUGUCGAGACGGUUAUCCGACCGAUGAUAGCCUGGCUCGCCUUCGUACUGUUCGCACACUUAGCAUUGCUAGUUCUCCACCACCGGGCAUUAAUGCACCUCUCGAUAUUCUUGCAGGUUUCGAUUCUAUCGACAAGACUUCCGAAAAUUUCUUUAAUGCUCAUCGGUCCUCUCCGAAUAAUGCAAAACCAUUCGUAUCGACGAAAAAG